AGAAGCCAUUUUGGACUCAGUUCAGUUUCUUGCAUGUCAAUUUCAGACCACUCUCUGGCCAUUCAGUGUUUAAGAGUGAAAAAGGUUAACGGGCACGACCGGCAAGGAGGGAAAAACGGGCAAUGUUGUAGGCGCUCAUUUUUGUUGUACCGAUUCAAAAUUCUGGAAUUGAUUCUAUCCCAAUGGAUUUUUUUAUAUUUUAAAGUUUUUUUUCCACCCGUGCAAUUUCGUUGCAUUGGGGGGCUAUACACACAAAAGCAACGCAAACUCUCGGUGCGGUGGACAUCGGAGGCCGUGGGUCACUUUGGCUCGUUGUGGUGUGCCGUUCAUCUUCUUAAAUGUACGAAAAGGAAAAGCGAUUGAAAAGGAGAAAAUCUGGUGUUUCUCUGUAAUUAAAGGAAUAUGGUUGCAUCCUGGCUGAGUUUUGCACUUCUUUGGGGAACUUUUUAUGCAGGACCAAGCCAUGGAGAGGUGGAAACCAGGGAGUGUUUGUACUACAAUGUCAACUGGGAGAGUGAAAAGACCAAUCAGAGUGGAGUGGAGCGCUGUGAAGCUGAGAAGGACAAGAGGCUACAUUGCUACGCAUCCUGGCUCAAAAACUCAACCACGGGUAUCAUCAAACUAGUGAAGAAGGGCUGCUGGUUGGACGACUUCAACUGCUACGACAGACAGGAGUGUGUGGCUACUGAGGAGAACCCCCAGGUCUUUUUCUGCUGCUGCGAGGGCAAUUUCUGCAAUGAGAGGUUCACCCACCUGCCUGUCGUCACCAGACCUGCGGUGGUUCGCACCCCCUUGCUCAACAUCCUAGUCUAUACACUGCUUCCCAUCAUUGUACUGUCCAUGGCAUUGCUGCUGGCAUUCUGGAUGUACCGACAUCGCAAACCUCCUUAUGGCCACGUGGACAUCAAUGAGGACCCUGGCCCAUCCCCUCCAUCCCCUCUGGCUGGCCUUAAACCGCUGCAGUUACUGGAAAUCAAAGCUAGGGGGCGUUUUGGCUGCGUCUGGAAGGCACAGCUGAUGAAUGAAUAUGUAGCUGUGAAGAUUUUCCCCAUUCAGGACAAGCAGUCAUGGCAGAACGAGAGAGACAUCUUCACCACGCCUGGGAUGAAGCACGAAAACCUGCUGCGAUACAUCGCAGCAGAGAAACGAGGAACCAGCCUGGAGACGGAGCUGUGGCUGAUUACUGAGUUUCAUGAGAAGGGGUCCCUGACAGAUUAUCUGAAGGGCAACGCAGUCAGCUGGAACGAGUUGUGUCACAUUGCGGAGACCAUGGCCUGCGGCCUGUCCUACCUGCAUGAGGACGUUCCCCGUUACAAAGGAGAGGGACCCAAACCAGCCAUUGCACACAGGGACUUCAAGAGUAAGAACGUGAUGGUCAAGGCCGACCUGACAGCCGUGAUCGGAGACUUUGGGCUGGCGGUGCUGUUUGAGCCGGGGAAGCCCCCAGGGGACACUCAUGGCCAGGUGGGGACGAGGAGGUACAUGGCACCGGAGGUGCUGGAAGGGGCCAUCACCUUUCAGCGAGACGCCUUCCUGAGGAUAGACAUGUAUGCCAUGGGCCUGGUGCUCUGGGAGCUGGUUUCGCGCUGCAAAGCUGCGGACGGUCCUGUUGAUGAAUAUAUGUUGCCGUUUGAGGAGGAGAUUGGGCAGCAUCCAUCCCUGGAGGAUUUACAGGAUUGUGUCGUCCACAAAAAGAUGAGGCCAGCUUUCAAGGACUGCUGGGCAAAACAUGCUGGCCUGGAGCAGAUGUGUGAGACGAUAGAGGAGUGCUGGGACCACGACGCGGAGGCUCGUCUGUCCGCCGGGUGCGUGGAGGAACGCAUCUCCCAGAUCCGCAGGCUAACUAGCGGCACUACCUCGGACUGCCUGGUCUCCAUAGUGACGUCGGUCACCAAUGUGGACGUGCCACCCAAAGAGUCCAGUAUCUGAGUCUGUCGUGAAACGAAAGCGGAAAACGAAAACAAGCAAACGAAAUGAAAAGCUUCGUCUUUCUAGACUCAGCAGAUCUCAGAAAAAAAAAAAAACAUGAAUGCAGCUGCUAUUUUAUCCUGAUAUUUUUUAUUAAUUAUUUUUCUUUUUGGUCAGAUCAAUAUUACCAGCACACUUCUCUACUGUAUUUUUUCCAAGAGUGAAAAAAUAAGCUAAAUGUACAUCUCUAAUGCAUUCAGGUGCCGACUUAUGAAUGCUGACAAAGGUGCAGGUACCUCAACUCUUUAAUUUCAGUCAUUUUGAUUUUAUUGUUCUACUUUUAUUUUGUCUUUUGAACAGGCCUGCCUGUGACAAAAAACCAAGCAACCAUCUACUAUCUUGUACUAUAUAACAAUGCUGCAAAUCCUUGAAGGAACAUCAAGACUGUUACACAAUUUACUUUCCUCAAGGGAAUAUUGUUUUCUUCUUUUUUUUUUUGAAAGCGAGUGCUUAACAAAAUGAUAAACGUGUCUUUUACGGAACUAACGGGUGUCUCUAGAACACGUCAAAAAAUGGAAGGCAACAGGACUAAUUUCUUCAGUUUUUGUUCUAUAGGACUGGUAUUUUUUGAAGGUUGGUUUACCAGUUUUACGGAGACGGUGAAAGACAGCUUAAAAAAGAAAUGGCUUGCAUUUUGAGAUUGGACAGUACUUUUAGUUUGGUACGGAACUUUUUCUCAGGUAACCGGUAUAAAGGGGCAGAGCUUUUGAGGUAAGGUGUUGUCAGCAUUGACUGGUCAUUGUAAGAAGAGAGCCAGGACCUGCACUUGUGUAGGGCAGAGUGGAUAGCAAGGGGUGGGCGGGGCUUAUCCUAUGACAUUCAUAGCCACUUAAGGCAGUGGAGCCAAGGUUAAUAUGUAGUCUACUCUGGAAGGUGCCCAAACAAUAAACAUUUUAUGACAACGACAACAACAACAACAUUAGGUGGAAGACCAAGGUGAAGGAAUAUAUAUGUGUGUACUGUUGUAUAUAUGUGUGUGUGAAUUUGUGUGUUUGGUUAAGACCAUGAAGUAUGUCUGUAUCAGUGGGCUUAAACAGCUGUCUAAAUGAUGUCCAACUUCUUUUUUUAUUUAAUCAAUGUGCAUUUUCAAAUUACAGAAGCUAUGGACCUAGACACAUUCUUAUAGCAGACAAGCCUCGGUCCUCAAUCACAGCAGUGAACUGGAGAAUGGAAAGAACAGUCCAUUCACCUUCGUCAGGUCCCUUCAAUUAUACCUCCACUCACAGGGACCAAAUAUGGGUGUAUACCUGGUAGUUCUGGCUUUGUUGUGAUGUUUUCACAAUCUGGAAAGUCAGUAGAUAAACUGACAACUUUCAUAUUUUUGACUGGAUACUCUGUCUCAAUAUACAAAUAAGGACCGAUUUUGUCUUAGUGACACAGGUUAAAAAAAAAAAAAAAAAAAAAAAAAAAAACUAAUCUCAGUAUGCCAUAAUCUUUCAGUGAAUGUCUAUAAUGCUGCUGUUUCAACUCAAAGGUGAAUAUAUGUUUCUACAUAUAUAUUCUUUUUACAUGUAAAACAUGCAACUCAGUAGAUUUAAGCAUACAAAUACAAACACAUGCAGAGAAUCCAGGCUUCCGAGGUCAGAAUCAAACAAAAAAUAAAAUCACUUAAAAAAAAUUAAAAAAACACACACAGAAUACAGCAUUUAAAAAAUAUAUAUAUAUAUAUAUAGUUCAUGACCACAAACCACCUCAAACCAGAAAUACCUCAGAUUUUCUAUGUGCAUUAGUUCUGUUAUAUAUUUUGUUAGUUGUGUUGUCUUGUACUAGGUAUAUUUUAAUGUAAAUUUGCUUUCAUAACUAAGAAGUUGUGGGGGGAAAAAGAAUGAGUCCAAAAUCUUUUAGGAAGUGCUGUAAUGUUAUGUUGUAUAAAAGAAAUAAUGUAAAUAACUACACAGUUGUAGAAUUCUGCCUGUAUGUGGUACCUGGGCAUUAUUCAUUGUUUGUACCAUCUGUUUAUUCAUCAAUUCUUUUAAUGUCUGUUACGUAAAAGGGACAGUGAGUCUUUUUUUCCCUUGGUGUGAAACCUUUUCUGUCAAUACCUAAAAUGCAUUCACAGCUGGAACCUAUGUUCAGGUUGUCUCAGAUGUAGUAUUUUAAACAAUUGUGCACAUCACAAUGUGACACUCUGCCUUUACCAUUGGUGUGAAGUAUUUUUAAAUGAUUUAUGUUGUCAUUUUUCCUAAAGCCUGUAAAAGGAAAAUAACUAUUCAACGUAAGACAAGAAUGAACUGAAUUUGCCAAGUGGAAAAGCUGACAAAUUUCUACAUGUCUCACUAUUUAAAGCUUUCUCUAAAAUUAAGUAUUGCAGAAUUAGAGGUAUUUAUACUUUAACCUUUAAGACAUAAACAUUAUAUUUAUAUGAAUGGUGAUUGUUCACCGCUGAUUGAUUUAUAGUUUGAGAAAAAGAUUUAAUGUCCCUGAUAUCCAUACUCUUUCAUCUGUUCUCUCUGCACAUUGACUAAAGGAGAUAUCACAGCAGUUGCUUCCACCCUCCCCAAACAUGACUCCCUCCAGAGAGCUUUAAGUUAUUUUUUUUGGUGCCAUAUAUUAUCUUUGGAGUUCAUAUUUUUCUCUUUGCAGUGUGCGUAAUUGGAACCAUAUGAACUGAAGUAUGGGCCUGAUCACUGAAACCCCUUGGUAUAGGUGGUGCACAGUAGGACUCCAGACUAUUUGUUUUUGUCAUCAUGGAUCAAGUGUCUUGCAUUCUGCGAUAAUAUCCCAAAGAAGUUGAGACCAGAUCAAUUACGGUCUAGUUAUAUCUAUGAUAUUUGUUUAGUAGUAGAACCAAGGCUGAUUUGGUGGGAUGACGACUGCUGGGAGAGAUGAUCUGAAGAUCUUUCUCAUGUCUUCUCAACUGUUUAUCGGUUUCUAGACAGAAAAAAAAUCUAACUCGUAAUAAUGCAUUUGGCUUCCUAUUCACAGUAAAGGCAGAUACAUUUUUUGAAUGAUGUAUUUUUGUCCCAUUAACUGUCUCUAAUUAUCGUUCCAUGAUCCUGCAGCUAAGAACUCUCUUGUAAAAUAGGUAGCUUUUAUCAAGUGGAAUUGAUGUGACCAUCAAGUCUAUUGGCCAUCUGCACAUUUUUUAGUCAUCUUCAGGAAAUUCAACAAAUCUUGGAACCACUUAACAUGUGAGGGCACAACACAGCGGCAGGAGAAACAAUGUAGCAAGCAAUAUAAACAGCAAUAUACAUUUCUUUCAGGUGUAACAUACUCUUAAGUGGCCCUAGAUCUAUCUACCAAAUCAUUUUAUUCAACACAGAUCGGAUGUGCUGUGUUGUGCCAUAUGUAAGGCUAGUGGUUAGCAGUUUGGCAAGGAUUGUAGGGAAAUGGGCAUUUAAACAGAUACAAUAUUUGUAGUUUGGUGCAUUGCCCUUGAGAUGACCUAACCUUAAUUACUUCAAUAAAUAUCAGCUGUAUUCAUGGAUAUCCACAAACUCAAUGUUAUCCCAGAUAAAGGCAUUUGUCGUAAUUUUUAGGCAAAUGAGUACAAAUAUAUUACCGUGCUUCAUAGGCCAGUUGACUUGCCCAGCUUCUAGAAAGCAAUCACUAAUCAUUUUUUGCACAGUUCCAACCGUGCUAUUUGUUAUGUUCAGUUGCAUUAGUCAAUACAAUGCUUUAUUUUACAUAUAUAUGUAAAAUAAAGCAUUGUAUUGACUAAUGCAACUGAACAUAACAAAUAGCACAGUUGGAACUGUGCAAAAACUGAUUAGUGAUUAGUGAUUAGUGAAACUACAGAUAUACAGUAGCCCAGGUUUGUGUAUUUCAAGAUGGCCAGUUAAUGUGUUGAAAGCAGGUAACCAAAGUGUUGUUUUUCCCCUUAUAUUAAGAUAUAGGGUUGGACAUGCUCAUGCUUUUGCCAGGGUUUGGUUGGUUUUGUUUCAAGGCUUUAAAUGAAAACAGUUCGUAAGGGAAAUGUAGACAAUCCAUAUUUUGCCAAAUUAGGUCAUUUUCUAAGUAGCUGGUUUACUCAAAAAGGUGGAACAAAUAAAUGUGUCCUUGUACCUGUUGAAAGUAGGCCCCUCCUAGACAGGUCUCCAGGCCCCCAGUACAGUCACACACUUCUCAGUGUUUAGUUUUGUUUACUGGAGAAAACAGUGAAUUAGUUUUACUUUUUUAAGUAGGGUGUCUGAUCUGAAGGGAGUGCAAUGUGCAAAGUAUUGAAUUUGGGAAUAUAGAGGCCUUAAUUGGCUUUCUGUGAAUACUCCUCAAUUGACUGAUUUUGGAAUAGGUAGUAUGUUUUAAGAAUGUAUAUUACUACUGCACAUGUCCCCUCAUUUGAGUGUUUAAUAGUAGUAGGUGCACACUACAGAUAUGUAGUGCUAAUAUGCAAUGGAUGCUAAGCUGAAUAAUAAUAAUUCUGUCUUUUUUUGGCUGGGAGGUUAUUUUUCUUUUUUGCUUUAUUUGAAGUUCUUAUUUUUUAAAUUCAGCUGCCAUAUUAAAGAAAUGGUUAUGAGUUUGGCCUAUAUAUGAUUUAAAGGUUUGAUGACAUAACCUACAUAAUUUUUGCAAAAUGCCUGAACAAACAUUAAAAGAUAAACAAUAUCAUAUAUUUAUCUUUCAAUAGGACAGAACAUGCAGCUUGGUGAUUCAUGAUGACAAACACUGAGUUCUGGAGGGUGAUGUGUAUACAAAACCAAUGCUCUGUCAAAAAAGGAAACAGUACGGUCCUUUAAUUGAAAUUGAGAGGUGUUUGGAUGCUGUGCCUUUAUUUCCCCUUGUCAUAUUGAAGCAACUGCUCUGAUUCUUUUUUGUUUAUGUUGUAGUACUUAUCGAAAUGCUUAUAUGUUAAAAUAUACAUAUACUAAAAAAAACAAAAAGUGACCAGCUGUAAUUCUGGAUGCAGUCAAGAUCCAGGUAUUUCAGGAACCAAUUACCUCAGACCUCACGUGAAACAGUGUUGCUAGCUGGAUACUCCUUGACACUACAAAAUGAUGUACAUUUUAAACACCCAAACAAACAAACCUCUUUAUGCUGGUGUAACAUGUAUGAAUGCACCCGUUGACAAUGUGAAAACCUCUCCCUUCUCAUGACUCUCCCCUCUCAUUUCAAGCAACAGAAUGGUACUGUGUGGCAGAUAUUCAAGUGCUUCCUUUGUUUCUUUUAUGUUUUUUUAAAUGCGGUUUACAUGGAAACAUGUCAUGCUGUUUUUGUGAACUAUUAAUUAUUUGACAUCUGCUGGAUUUUUUCCCUGCAAAUCUGCUAAACUGUGAGGAAAGCUUCAUAAUAAGGAUGCAACAAAAUGGAAAUACAAUGAAAUGGUGACAUAAAAUUGUCUUCUGGAAGAGAAUCGUCAGUGCUUGCAAAGCAGCAGUUAUAGUAAACAAUAGUCAGUUAUGUUUCAUUGCAAUUCGUUGAGAAUUGAUAAGUUUGAAUCCUCACAUUUUCAUAAUGCAGACCAAAAGUCAGCUUGAUGUGCGCACACCCAAUUCUAAAAAUGAAUCUUCACACAUUAAUGUUGACAACAACUAUUGCAAUUCUCCCUCAAUGUAACUUCAUUUUCAAUGCUGUGUCCAUUUCUGCUAACAUAUUCAAACAUAUUCCUUUCAUCUUGAUUUGAAGUGCAUUGGUAUACAUUAUAAUAAUUUCUGUAAUUAUUUAUAGUACAUUAUUGUUGUUAUUAGCAAUAGCAUUGCCUUAUAGCUUGUGGGCCAGUAAUUAACUUUAAAAUUGUUGCUGUAAAUAUAAAAUGGUGUUCAUUUACCAGCUUGGGCUUGCUGAACUUGAAUUUAGGGUGACCUCAUGUUUUCCAAAAAGAUCAGUGUUCAUGUUAAGUGUCAAACUUUAGUGAGAUAGCAUUCAUUGCCAGAACUCAUGCUCACCCUUGCUUCUGCAGUAUUAAUCCCCAUCCUUCGGAGUAGUAGUAUUGACACUACGUGCCACUAUCUAAAAUAAAGCCUCCUCCUCCUUUUGAGGAAUGUAAUUAUUAGAUUCCUACUUGUUCUUAACCUGCUGUACCCAAAAUUAUGCCACUGUUCCAUACAGUACCAUUUUGUUGCUUUUCAGUGAUGGAAAACUUCAGUCGCACGUGGCUACUGCUAAAAAAAGGCAUUUUGUUUUGAUUGGGGGGAUCACUCUUUUAAGCACAGACUACUUUAUUUCAUUCAACAAUGAGAUGGUGGGAGUGAGAGAAGGGAUUUAAAAAAUGGUUUUCUUUAUUUUUUGUCAAGAAGUCAUGUUUAAGUCCUGUUUCUAUAGCAGGACAUGUGAAAUGUAAAUGGUGUAGGUUAUGUUUCACUAUUGUAGCUAAAAUGUAGAACAGAGAUGGCUUGUACUACUGAUUUUAACAUAAAUAUACUAAAAAAAGAAAAAAAAAGGAUCCUGUAAAAGAAAAAAUGUAUAAAGAGAGUUGAGCUUGUUGCUGUAACCCUUUUUGGAUUGAAGAGUAUGUUGAAAAGUUUUAUAUCUAUGAAAUGCCCUUGAAAUCCAACAUUCAUCGUAUUGUCGUAAUUAAUUAAGGACAUUUUUGAAAGAUCAUUGUAACAUAGUUCAUUAACUUGCAGUGGAUUAUUGUUCAUUUUUACUGUGGUAAUUUUAGAACUGAGUAUCAAGAGUUUGAAUUAGAUUUGCCUAGUUGUUGGGGUGUUUGUUUCAACUCUGCACUUGGUGCCAGAAUAAACCAGUAUGAAUGUAGUAUUUGCCCAGUGUGAAACAAAUACACCCAAGCUGUUAGGGGAAAAAAUUGAAAUGAUUAUUUCAACUUUAUCUUUUUGUAUAUGAAAAGAAACAAUAAAAUACUGAUAAACUCUUCAAA